CCACACAACACAAGUGCCGCGAAGCAACCAAGAGCAGCUCAAUUUCAAUUGCUGGCAUUCAGUACGAUUUAAGCCGCCAAACGAAGAGAAACGUUCGAACCGACAUAACGCUGUGUGUGCCUGUGAAAUUAGAAAUUACGAGUUGUACAAACGUCAUCCUCGCAUCGAACUGCCGCAAAACACGAAACCCUCUUUUAGCUCGUAAAAUAGUGGAGGACGCUGAUUUUCAAUUGAAGUGCAGUGUUUGUGAAGAGAAGGGUCGACGCAGUGAGUUCUGUACGCAUGUGCAAUUGAUGACAAACGAAGCAGGGGAGAUUUACGAAUUCUAAAACACAAACGACUAACAAAAUAAACGAAGUGAAACACAAAUAGCAGCAUAUAAAGCAUAAAAAAUCUAAACAAAAACAAAAAAAAAAAAAAUAGAAAGAAUCUAUUUCCUUCAGAUUUUUACUCUCAGAGCACAAGUCUAAAUAAUAAAUUGACUCGAGGUUUGUUUACAUUUUUUAGUUACUCAAGUGUAGUUGGAUUUCCUGUUUGUUGUAGUGUCGUUUCGGAAGUGAUUUGGUACAUAAGGAAUAAUAGGUUUGAAAAAUUCCAACAGUUGAAAGUCAAAGCCGGCAUUGAAGUCGAAAAAUAAAUAAAAAACGACAGAAGAAAUUUAAAGCAAUUUGUGUGCUGAUAAUUGGGACGCAAGUGUGUCUGGUGAAAUGUAAAAAAACCCAGUGAAAAAUGCUUUAAAAUGUAUAUAUAUAUAGCUGAAAAAAUUAAAAAUAAAUGUAAGGCUAAGAAAGUAAAAAAUUCGAAACUAAAUAUUGACAACGAACACUCGAAAUAAUCGUCGCGUUAACGGUAAACAACAGUAAAGGCUAUUAUGCACAAUCUUCAAGCGUCUAACGUUAAAGUUGUGUUGACAUUUCGCUAUUUCAACGCUCAGCAUUAAAGCGUUAAAUUUACGGUUUUUGCCAAAUAUCAUUUCGAAAUUAGUUUUUUUUUUCUGUUGCGUUGCUGGAAUUGUCUACUGACCGGUGACCGGCGUCGUUGCACUGCCGGUUAUUUUGUGCCUUUCUGGCGACAAGUGAUUUGAUUUGCUGGCGUUGACAAUUGAAAGUGAUUUAUCGAAGUUUUGUGUUUGAUGUCAAUACAACCGAUUGCUGGAUUUUGCAAUUUGGAAAGUGUGGCAAUACUAUUUAGUUUGAGUGUGAAAUCAAAAAAUAUUUUUUUAUGGUGGAAAUAAUAAUUUGAUUUAUGCUGGAUAUUUCGAAAGCAGAAAAAUUGGUUUAUUAAAUUUGGUUGUUUUUGUUAUGUUUGAAUACAAAACUUGUGAACAUUAACGACUGUACUCGAUCAUAAAUAUGGAUGCUGGCAGCGUGGUUAGCGAGCCGAUUUCGGCGCAUCAUCGCGCAUUUGCGAAACAAAAAUCCGCUUCUAUGACAAUACUAAAUCACCGUUCCAACAAAUACAGUACACACAACGAUAAUAAAAAUGUCGACACGAAAAUGUCCGAUGCCGAGGCAAACCUCAUUAAUAGCGCACAAACGCAAACCGCCACAACGGGACGACGACGCAAAGUGUCCUCGCUGGGCGGUACACUUUCCGCGCGUUCGUGUCGCAGCGAAACGAAAGAACUACGCUCGGCACUGCAAGACCGCGAGGCGGUCAUACAAAAUCUACGUAUACAAUUGUGUUUGGGUAAAUUGCCACGCCCUACCGGACCGCCGCUCGAUGACAGCGAAAAGCCGGCGGCAGAGCAAAAACUACAAAGGUUAAAAGCCGAAUCAGAGAAUAAGAAAAUCAAAAUCAAGAACUUAAAGAGUGCGCUGGAGAAACUCGAUAUUACAGAUAAUAUCGAUAUACGCAUACGGCAGGCGGAAUUAGAGUACGCGCUUGGACGUGAGGAACUGCAGAUGCUAUCGAUUGUGGAGGAGGCGCGCGCCUUGCAAGCGCGUUUGGAGAAAUCAAAGCCGGAAUUACAAACCAUUUACAACAUUCUCAAUUCCGGCGCCACGCUAAGCUUGCACGCCGUGCAUGCGACCACCGGCCGCUGGGCAGCGCACACCAAACCCGAUCAGCCCGGUUUCUAUGUGGAAUGGGCGCUCGAAGGUGAUGGACUCUACAAAGGUGAUCGCAUACUCGAGGUCAAUGGCAAAAUGAUCGCCUGUCGCACCAAAGAGGAACUGCAGAAAGUUAUCGGCAAUUCCGGAAAAUGUCAAAUAGUGGUGCUACGCAAGAAAUGUGCGCCAAUACCACAAAAACAGCUGGAUCAGGAGAAAGAGAACAAUAUGCGCCUGCAGCAUCGCAUAUCCUAUCUCGAGGAGCAAGUGCGUGAAUUGCAAUCGGCGAAGGAGCAACCACAACAACCGCCCCAAGCUAUGCCACAGACGCCACAAAACCAAACGACGGCGGCGCAUAUAAAUAACGGUACGAAUAGUCAUGUGACUAGCAUCAGCAUAUCAUCGCCGCCGUCGACGCCGCCCGAUAACAAACCGCUCAUCUUUCAACGUGGCAAUUACAUUACUACGCUAGUUGGUGGCAAGCCAAUUGAAUUGAUCGGUGAGAAUAAUACCCCAAAUGCGUUGAGCAAAAGCAACUCUGUGGCGCAUAUCACUAAAACACUGAUCAAGGAGAAUACACAAUUGGAUCUACAACAAGAGCGUACACCGCGUGCCCUCGCGCCGCCGGCCUACACCUGCAUGCCCCCGAAAUCCUUGUCCGCCUCCAAGAUCUCCAUCAACAGCGACUCUGCGUACAUGCAACACACCCAUUAUCGGCGCAGUGAGAAAGAGCGGCAUGCGCGCGAACGUGAGCGUGAGCGUUAUGAGCGUUCAACGAGCAAAGCGAGCGCGCUGCAGCAUCGCGCGAAUAUGCAUGCGCGCAGCGUCGAACAUUUGAAUCACUAUAAUGGCAUGGAACGUCGUCGCGAUUGUUCGGCCACAGCCAAUACGCACUCACGUGUACCAGCCGAUAUGCGCAGCGUCAAGUCGCUGGAUUUCGACAGUGAUAACGAGUCCAAACCGAUCAGCGAUACUAUUUCGGAAGUGCGCGCUGUUCGACCCACACCGCCGAAGAAACCCCUACGUUUAUCGCUACAACGCGCGCAAAGCCUGCAAACUGUCGAAUUGACCCCCAAUUGCGAUGCGGAACGAAAGCGUCCCAUGAAACGAGCACAUAUUAAUGACAAGUCACCAGCCGAUCGUGAGAGUACGAUGCUCUUUGAGAAUUGUAACCCGCUGCAAACGGCGUCGUUGGGUAGGCCGCGUGCGAACAUAUGAAAAUUGCUAAAUGUUCUCUUUAAGCGCAACGAAGAGACACAUUACUAGUGAGCGGGUGGGGAGGGAGGCUUAAGUAUUUAAUUUAUAAGCCAAGUAGCUAUCGAAAAAUAAUCAAGAAAUUAUUUUAGGCGGAUGCGUGCAAAGUUUAUAUUAAUUUUUAAAAGAAAAAAUUGUUUACUUAAUAUUUAAAAAUAUUGCAAUGUUUACAAAUAAGUACUUAGGGAAGCUAGGGUGUGCUAAAUUAUGUAAAUGCUUUACUCAAUCAUAUAUACAUAUAUUUAAAUUUGCAAAUAUUUAUUAACUAAUUAGCAAUGAUAUGUUUUUUGAACUCAUUUAAAUUGUACAAAAUAAUGUUUUUAGCACAAUUAUGUAAUAACAAAAUUAUUUUAAAUGUAAAUACACAAUAAAAUCACAAA